AUGGUUAAGAUCACUGGCUUCACUACACGCGACGUGAGGUUUCCGACCUCCCUCGACAAGACUGGCUCUGAUGCCAUGAAUGCAGCGGGUGACUACUCCGCCGCCUACUGCAUCAUCCACACAGACUCCGACUUCAAGGGUCACGGCAUGACCUUCACAAUUGGCCGUGGUAACGAGAUCGUCUGCGCUGCCAUCUCCCUCAUCACUCCUCUCAUCAUCGGCAAAGACCUCGACGAGUUAACAGCCGACUGGGGCAAGACAUGGCGCUACCUCGUCUCAGACAGCCAGCUCCGUUGGAUCGGUCCCGAGAAGGGUGUCAUCCACCUUGCCCUUGGUGCUGUCGUUAAUGCUCUCUGGGAUCUCUGGGCCAAGACCCUCGGUAAGCCUGUCUGGCGCAUUGUCGCUGACAUGACUCCCGAGGAGUUCGUCCGCUGCAUUGAUUUCCGUUACAUCACCGAUGCCAUUACCCCCGAAGAGGCCUUGGAGAUGCUGAAGGAGGUUGAGGGUGGCAAGCAGGAGCGUAUUAAGGAGGCUGAGGCUAGCAAGGCCGUUCCGGCUUACACUACCAGUGCUGGCUGGUUGGGAUACCCUGAAGAUAAGUUGAAGAAGCUUCUGAAGGAGAGUGUGGAGCAAGGAUACAGACAUUUCAAGUUGAAGGUUGGUGGAAACCUCGAGGACGAUAAGAGCCGUUUGAGAAUUGCACGAGAGGCUAUCGGUUAUGAUAAGGGUAAUAUUCUUAUGGUCGAUGCCAACCAGGUUUGGUCCGUCCCUGAGGCUAUCACUUGGAUGAACGAGCUGGCCGAGUUCAAGCCCUGGUUCAUUGAGGAGCCUACCUCCCCCGAUGACAUCCUCGGCCACGCUGCUAUCAAGAAGGCUCUGGAGAACACACCUCACGGAACUGUCGGUGUUGCCACCGGUGAGAUGUGCCAGAACCGUGUCAUCUUCAAGCAGCUGCUGCAGGCUGGUGCUUUGACUGUCCUUCAGCCUGAUGCUUGCCGUGUUGGUGGUGUCAACGAAGUCUUGGCUAUCUUGCUCUUGGCUCGCAAGUUCGGUGUUCCCAUUGUGCCUCACUCUGGUGGUGUUGGUCUGCCAGAGUACACACAGCACUUGAGUACCAUCGACUAUGUCGUUGUUACCGGUAAGAGGAGUGUUCUGGAGUACGUGGACCACCUCCACGAGCACUUUGUUCACCCAUCUAGCGUUAAGGAUGGAUACUAUGUCACUCCUAUGGAGCCUGGCUACAGUGUUGAGAUGAAGGCUGAGAGUAUGGAUGCUUUUGCUUUCCCUGGUGAGGAAGGAAAGAGUUGGUGGCGCUCUGAGGAGGCCAAGACCAUCUUGGAAGGCCCUCGUGUCGUAUAA